UCUAUCUAUCUAUCUAUGUGUGGCCAUCUCUAUUGCGGUGUGUGUGUGUUUGUGAACUCGGCACAUGCAAUUGGGGUGCUUUUCAUGGAUGCCAAAGACAAACAGAUAAUUAGAGCACUUAUUCAAAUGCAAAUAUUCUUACAUGCACACAUAUUAUAUGUGAAAAACAGAGGCACAAAUCACACAUCAUCUAACUUAGGACAAUGAUAAUUAAAACGUUAAAAUUAACGUUUAAAACAGCAAAAAUACCUAAAUUGAGUCAAUCAAAGAUCUGGGAUGGUAUCUUUAGGGCUAUCUAGCUCCUCCUGGUGGUGAGUUUGAGGAAUAGCUGAUCACCAAAAGUUUGAACUUUGAUCUUGAGACUGGUGUUAAAAUAUAGGGUGAAGAUUCGACCAGAUUUUGUCUGAACAGUCAAACUUUCUGGACCUGGGUUGUGUUUGACCUUGUGUGUUUGCCAUGCAACAGUGAACAAGGCACAGUGCAAAUAAAGUUGCAAUUCAACACUUUGAAAUAGGCUAGUGGGUGGAGUGUGGAUGGAAGCACUUUGAACUGAGGAAUCUGUUUUUUUAUCUCGUCAUUAAGUGUAUGUUUAAUGAUAAUAAUAUCAGUACUGUGGACACAUUACGACAACACAGUCUAUGCAGAAAUGGACAGGAACCUAACUUGUACAACAACAAGCUUCCUGUGUCAGCCCUUGGCAUCAGAGUAAUAGGAUAAAGGUAAGUGAGGGGUGCAGUUUGUUGUUUGUAACUGGGUGGAUAUUAUAUGAUUACAAAAUUAUAUUGGUUAAUUUUGUUGUAAUGUUUAAAACUGAUUUUGUAUGGGCAUGUUUUGUAGUCUCAUAUACAGUUUACAUGCAGGGAUUGAAAUAGGAUUUGAUCAUUUGUUUCUUUAUAAUGUCCAUUCAAGAAAAAAGCAACCUGGGGUAAAAAAGCUCCUCUAGCGCCAUCCUCCUCAGUCACUUACCACUUCCUCUUCUUCUUCAGUACUUCAAAAGCUGCAGAUUAACAUUGCAGCGCUCUUUCUCAGUGAAGGACGUUCUUAUAUGGCGAAGAGGGUUCACCUCCAGUGUCUGGGAUUGUAUGCAAUUCUGCUUCAUUUUUCAAGUGGAGAUAAAGUGGUUUCCAUCAACACACCUCUGGGGGAGAAUGUCAUGCUGCACUGUAACACAUCUGGAAUGGAUAUAUCAAUAAUCAAAUGGGCAAAGGAUGGGAUCCAGGUGUUUGUAUAUAGCCCAGUAUUGGAAGACAAAAAAGACAAAAUCCAAACAAACUUCACUUCAGAAAGGAUGAGUGUUGAUCCUUCUACUACGGUGCUGCAUAUAUCUGACGUGCAGGUCUCUGAUGAGGGAAUAUACACAUGUGAAGUAUUAGGUUCUCAAGCCCAAAGGACAGAAACAUGGAACUUAACCAUUACUUCAGUCUCACCAGAUCCAUCCCAAUUGAUCUACAUCAGCACUGCUGCCUCAGGGGCAAUCCUCAUCAUCUUCUGUAGCAUAUUAUGUAUUUACAAGGUAAUGAAAAAGAAGUACAACUCUGGGGGACAGGCAUCAAUACAGUCAAAUGGAACAAGAGAAGGGCAGGAUUUUGAAAUGUCACAACAAAGACAAGACCAGAGGAUAAGCAGACAGAGCAGUCAGUAUCUGGAGAGAUACAACUCUGUAUAUGGAAAGUUCUGAAUCCAUUAUAGGCAUGAGAGUGCAACGGACAGAAGUGAAGCGAGUGGUUUUAUGUCACUAUACAAAAAUUAAUUCAAAUAGAACAUUUUAGUCUUGGAUUGAGCCCAGGACUGAACCAUAGAGUUCAAAUAAUGCAUACAUCUACAGUGCAGCAUCACCGAAGACAAACAAUUGAACCAUUUGGAAAACAAACUUCACAAUAAUCAUCAAUGCUGGUUAUCUCAAUGGACUCACAUUGUUUAAAUCAGAAGCCAUCUGUUUAAAGAAGCUAAUGAGCUACAUGAUUUCAUAUUUAUAUUUGAUACUCCAUACUAUAGAUUGAGGACUGCGUAGCACUGUGUUGAUCCACCCCUCUACCUUCACAGAGCCACAAAGUUGUAUGCCAAAGUGACAGAGGCUAAAAGUGACGAGUAGCAUGCUAUCAUUUAAUUGGAUAGCCAAGUUUGACUAUCACCUAUUCAGGCCGGUGAUAGGGUAGUAGCUAAAGAGGCUAAGUCAAGUAGUUGUGAGAUUCCCUGCUGCCACUGUUGUGCCCUUGAGCAAGACACCUAACCCUAAACUGCUCUGGGGAGACUGGCCCUGUAAUAAUUGAUCUGUGUAAGUUGCUUUGGAUAGGUGUUAGCCAAAUGAAUAAAUAAUGGGAAUCAAAACUCUUCAGACACAAAAUAUUAUUACAGCAGUAUUGUUCAUUGUGAUAACUACAGUUGAUGUUAGCAUUUUAGCAUAUUUAUUGACAUUACAUCAAUACAUUUCACUGUUCUUCUCAAUACAAUGAUAUCUUAAUUUAUUUGUAAUGUUUUAAUGGAAAUGAUUGUAUAAGUAGCCUACCAUAUAUA